CGCGGGAACACCAUUUACUGGAACUGUCGGAGUCGGCGUAACGGAAAACAUCCGUGCAACGCUCGAUUGUCCAUUAGCAGGCUCCCGAACGGACUGUACAAGAAAGCAGCGUGGCCAUCUACUCGGCCACUUCCCGGGGAAGAAUGCAACUGAUCUACGGCGGUCAGCCGUUUAUCUUCGAGAAGACCCUGAAACUGUCGUCGGGGGAGGAGAAACGCUUCUGGCGUUGCAACCAAUGGUGGAACCAGAAGUGCCGCUCCCGUGUCUUCACCAUCAAUGAUGUCGUCUGUCCGCUUAACCGAUUCCACACGCACGAGGAGAUUGUGCGUCGCAAGAAGCGUGUGCGUCGAGUGCCGCCGGUGGAGACAAUUGCCAAAGUGGUCACCACUUCCGGCAGGCAGGAGCAGCAACAGCAACAGCAGACCCAGCAGCAACAAGAGAUACAGCUGACCAGUGAUGCUAUGUUGACUACCGCAUUGGAGGACGAAUCGCCUGCAACGAUUGAUGUCAGCGAGCUGGGAAUGCACCUGAAGUACGAGGAGAUUGUAGCGGAUGUCACGGGCAUUGUGGGUGCCACUCGGGUGGUCAGCCGCCGGAAAUAAAGAAGGAGUUCUCAUUCUAUUUUUUUCUUGGCAAUACACCGCAGCAGCAGAUUUUACUCCAUAGAAAAUUUGAAGCAAUAUCAUUUUUGAACUGGCCAAGUCGGUACAAACAAGAUAUUUCUUUUGAAUUUAACAAAGGCUACAUUCAAUUUGCUAGCCAAUAUAAAUUAUUAUAAUAUUUAUAUUUAAAAAAAAACUAGUUUUAUUUUAUUAAAUAUUUGCAAACAUUUUCCAAGAUAAUAAUUUUGCUUUUAAAACUUGAUAAUUGCCUCAUCAUUUCAGAACUGAAAUCUAUAGAUUAAAUUCUGCUCCUUGUUUUCUCUAUAAAAAAAAAUCGACUCAUCUUAGUCCCUUAUUCUGCUUAAAUAUGAUUAAAAACAGUGUUUUAGGAAACGGACAAGCUAAGUUAGCACCUAUGAUUCAACUUAUAAACACUUUAAUAAAUGUAAAUUAUAUAAAUGUAA